CUAGUGUGAUUUCCCUCACAAAUAUGUCUCCGACACAGCAGCUCGUCUCUACAUAGACCCGCAGUGAGUUUUGGUCUCCGGCAAAAUGGCGGCCACCCAUUACAUAGAUAGACUGGAAAAGGAGACACAUCGCAUCCACAGAGGUCAGAGGAUGACGGGAGAAGAGACUUCCGUUGUGGAGACUGAACUGGGACUGACGUGAUGUAUUAUUGUACCAACGCGACCUAAGAUGGAGAAGGACAGAAACAAGAUGGCCACCAAAAUAAUAAGUCUCACCCUGGAGAUCCUCUACCUGCUGACCGGAGAGGAUUAUGUUGUGGUGAAGAAGUCCGGUGAGGACCAAGUUUCGGGAGGUCGGAGCAGAACCCGGAGCCUCAUCACAGAGCUUCCAAUUCCCUCCAUGACUCCUGAGAGCGACAGUGAGCAGAAGAUCCUGGAACUGACCACCAUGAUGGUCCAUCUGCUGACAGGAGAGGUUCCUAUAAGGUGUCAGGAUGUCACUGUCUAUUUCUCCAUGGAGGAGUGGGAGUAUUUAGAAGGACACAAGGAUCUCUACAAGGACGUCAUGAUGGAGGAUCACCACACCCUCCCGGAUCCGGAGGAGCCGCUGGCUGAAGAUGUCUCUUCUGGAGGAUUCCAUCCUUGUCUUUCCAUAAAUAAAGAGAAGAAAUGUAUGGAAAGCCAUCGGGGGAGUCGUGGCCUGGAAUGUGGGAAGCAGAAGAUUUGCCAGAGACAGGAGGGGAAGGAUAGACCCAUGAACUGUGUGACCCACGUGAAGGAGGGAGAGAAUCUCACCAACCUUCCCUCCACCCACCAUAGUCGGGAAGGUCCAACCUCGUAUGGAGAUCACACACAAUAUAUAGCUUCCCCGAUCAAGGAGGGAGAGAAUCUCACCAACCUUCCCUCCACCCACCAUUGUCGGGAAGGUCCAACCUCGUAUGGAGAUCACACACAAUAUAUAGCUUCCCCGAUGAAGGAGGGAGAGAAUCUCACCAACCUUCCCACCACCCACCAUAGUCAUGAAGGUCCAACCUCGUAUGGAGGAGAUCAGACACAAUAUAUAGCUUCCCCGAUGAAGGAGGGAGAGAAUCUCACCAACCUUCCCACCACCCACCAUAGUCAUGAAGGUCCAACCUCGUAUGGAGGAGAUCAGACACAAUAUAUAGCUUCCCCGAUGAAGGAGGGAGAGAAUCUCGCCAACCUUCCCUCCACCCACCAUAGACGGGAAGGUCCAACCUCGUAUGGAGAUUACACACAAUAUACAUCUACCCCGAUGAAGGAGGGAGAGAAUCUCACCAACCUUCCCACCACCCACCAUUGUCGGGAAGGUCCAACCUCGUAUGGAGAUCACACACAAUAUAAAGCUUCCCCGAUGAAGGAGGGAGAGAAUCUCGCCAACCUUCCCUCCACCCACCAUAGUCAUGAAGGUCCAACCUUGUAUGGAGGAGAACGGACACAAUAUAUAACUUCCCCGGUGAAGGAGGAGGAUCAUUUCAUGGACUGUCCUACCCCCCAGCAUACAUCUCAUAGUCAUAUAGGUUCAGAAGAUCAGACACAAUAUAUAACUUCCCCAGAGAAGGAGGGAGAGAAUCAAACCAACCUUCCCUCCACCCACCAUAGUCAUGAAGGUCCAACCUCGUAUGGAGAUCACACACAAUAUAUAGCUUCCCCGACCAAGGAGGGGGAUCAUUUCACCGAUCUUCCCUCCACCCACCAUAGUCAGGAAGGUCCAGCCUCGUAUGGAGGAGAUCUGACACAAAACCCAUCUACCCCGAUGAAGAAGGAGGAUCAUUUCACCAACCUUCCCUCCACCCACCAUAGUCAGGAAGGUCCAACCUCGUAUGGAGGAGAUCUGACACAAAACACAUCUACCCCAAUGAAGAAGGAGGGUCAUUUCACCAACCUUCCCUCCAUCCACCAUAGUCAGGAAGGUCCAGCCUCGUAUGGAGGAGAUCUGACACAAAACCCAUCUACCCCGAUGAAGAAGGAGGAUCAUUUCACCAACCUUCCCUCCAUCCACCAUAGUCAGGAAGGUCCAGCCUCGUAUGGAGGAGAUCUGACACAAAACCCAUCUACCCCGAUGAAGGAGGAGGAUCAUUUCACCAACCUUCCCUCCAUCCACCAUAGUCAGGAAGGUCCAGCCUCGUAUGGAGGAGAUCUGACACAAAACACAUCUACCCCGAUGAAGAAGGAGCCCUGUCUGUCCAUAGAAGGGACCCCCCCAAAUAAUGACAUUUAUACCCAUAGAGACACUCCGCAGGGUCUGUGUACUAAAAUUAAGGAGGAGCCCCGUUCAUGUGAGGGCGCAAACCCCGUGGACAUCCAUUCACAUUCAUUUCCAUCUUCUCAUAUUAAAGAAGAACCCCCCUCUUGUGAGGAAGCCGAUCUUCCCAGGAGUGGAACGAACUUCCUUACAAACAGCACAGCCUAUCUUUCUUCUCGUAAUAGGGUGGAGCCUGCAUCAUGUGUGGGAGGAGAUUUCCCCGACAUUUUCUUCCCUAUAGAUAUGUAUGAAGAGCCGGAGCUCCCGGCGUACGUACCCACCGACCAGCUGUACGCUGAUACUGGAAUUCUGGGGUACAACGGCUGGGAUGUGGGAUCUGAUCCCCUCCACAACUCCAUGAUUGUAACCUGCACUAAGCGUGGGGAAAACCUCUCCAAUAGGAUGCCUUCUCAGACCAAUCAGAGAUCUUGUGUGGCGGAUAGACCGGUCCCUUAUCCUGAUUGGUGGAGGACUUUUGGCGGGAGCCCGAAUGUGGCGGUGCCUGGGAGGGGGGCCAGCAGUGGGAAGUCUUUAUCCCACUACGAACGAGAGAGACGCUUUUCAAGGCAGCCGCGGUUCCCUGCCAGAGACACGCCGCGCUUCUUCUGCUUCGAAUGCGGUAAGUAUUUCUCUAGUAACCCGCACCUCAUCCGCCACCAGCGCAUCCACACCGGCGAGAAGCCCUUUUCCUGUACCGACUGCGGCAAGAGCUUCAAUCAGAAGUCCAUCCUGGUGACUCACCAAAGGACCCACACGGGAGAGAAACCAUUCGUGUGUUCGCUGUGCGGGAAAUCCUUCAUCAAGAGCUCCAACCUGGUCACCCACCAGAGGAUCCACGGCGGAGAGAAGCCCUUCUGCUGUCCAGACUGCGGGAAGUCCUUCAUGAAAAGUUCCAGUCUUGUAGCUCACCAAAGAACUCACCGAGGAAGGAGGCAGUUUCCUUUCUUCUGAGAAGCCGGAAUUGGUGGGGGUGCCUCAGUCCUCAGUCGGGGCGCCUCCCACCCGCCCCAGUCCUCAGUCGGGGAGCCUCCCACCCGCUCCAGUCCUCAGUCGGGGAGCCUCCCACCCGCUCCAGUCCUCAGUCGGGGAGCCUCCCACCCGCUCCAGUCCUCAGUCGGGGCGCCGCCCACCCGCCCCAGUCCUCAGUCGGAGCGCCUCCCAUCCGCCCCAGUCCUCAGUCGGAGCGCCUCCCAUCCGCCCCAGUCCUCAGUCGGGGCGCCUCCCAUCCGCCCCAGUCCUCAGUCGGGGCGCCUCCCAUCCGCCCCAGUCCUCAGUCGGGGCGCCUCCUACUCGCCCCAGUCCUCAGUCGGGGCGCCUCCCACCUGCCCCAGUCCUCAGUCGGGGCGCCUCCCACCCGCCCCAGUCGGGGCAUCUACCGUCACCCGGCUCCUCCGCCUUCCUCCACAAUGUCCGGUGGAGCCGAGUGUAUGACUCUGCUGAUUGUACGGAGCCGUGUUUCCUGUAAGUCUGGAUGGACUUGAUCUUUUUCCACUCUUCUCUAUUUAUUUCUGGAAUUUAUAAGAGUUAUUAAAGAUAUAAAACUGAA